GUCUCUUCUUUAGGCAGGCCUUUGGCGAUCUGUCUAUUAAUCUGUGUCCGAAUCUCCGAUCACGUGGCCCGAGCGCUUCAUCAUUGCAUCCUAAGUGCAGGUUAGGUCGCGCAGACACGCGGUACUCGUAUUUCUCCUUCUCUCACUCGACUCGCAGCCACCGAAUCGAACGUACCGCACCGGAGCCGCUCACCAUGUCCAACAAACCCGCGUACAAAGUCGCUGAUCUUACCUUGGCGGAAUGGGGUCGCAAGGAGAUCACCCUGGCGGAGAACGAGAUGCCAGGACUCAUGGCUAUCAGGAAGAAAUAUGGACCAUCGAAGGUGUUAAAAGGAGCACGAAUCGCCGGCUGUCUUCACAUGACUGUACAAACCGCAGUGCUGAUUGAGACUCUGGUAGAACUCGGUGCAGAGGUGCAAUGGUCGUCCUGUAAUAUAUUCAGCACCCAGGAUCAUGCGGCAGCAGCUAUAGCGAAAACCGGAGUACCAGUGUACGCCUGGAAAGGUGAAACCGACGAGGAGUACAUCUGGUGCAUAGAGCAGACCCUCGUCUUCCGGGACGAUAAACCACUCAAUCUGAUUCUCGAUGACGGUGGCGAUCUGACCAACCUCGUGCAUACCAAGUACCCGCAGUAUCUCAAGGAAUGUCGCGGCAUAUCCGAGGAGACCACCACCGGAGUGCAUAAUCUUUAUCGCAUGUUGAAGGAGGGUCUUCUCAAAGUGCCGGCAAUCAACGUUAAUGACUCUGUCACGAAGAGCAAAUUCGACAACUUGUACGGAUGUAGAGAGUCAUUAAUAGACGGCAUCAAGAGAGCGACCGACAUCAUGAUUGCCGGCAAAGUAUGCGUGGUGGCGGGCUACGGAGAUGUCGGCAAAGGAUGCGCGCAGAGUCUCAGAGCUUUCGGAGGUCGCGUUAUUAUCACGGAAAUCGAUCCUAUCAACGCCCUUCAAGCAGCUAUGGAAGGAUAUGAGGUGACGACAAUGGACGAAGCGUCUAUGAAAGGCCAAAUAUACGUGACUACUACAGGAUGUAAGGAUAUCAUAGUGGGUCGACACUUUGUAAAUAUGCCGAAUGACGCCAUCGUCUGCAACAUAGGACACUUCGAUUGUGAGAUCGAUGUUACGUGGCUAGAAAAGAACACUGUUGAAAAGACUAAUAUAAAACCACAAGUGGACAGAUAUAAAUUGGAGAACGGCAGGCACAUUAUUCUACUCGCGGAGGGUCGUUUAGUGAACUUGGGAUGCGCGAUGGGCCACUCGAGCUUCGUCAUGAGCAACUCGUUCACAAAUCAAGUGCUCGCGCAGAUCGAACUCUGGACAAAAUCGAACAAGUAUUCGAUCGGCGUGCACAUGUUGCCGAAGAAGCUGGACGAGGAAGUCGCGGCAUUGCAUCUGAAUCAUCUGGGCGUGAAGUUGACAACUCUAACGUCGGAACAAGCUAAAUAUCUAGACGUGUCUAUUGAAGGGCCUUAUAAACCUAAUCAUUAUCGAUAUUAGUUCGAUUAUUCGCGAGUGAGAAGACUUGCAAUAAAUCAUCGUAUAAUAAAUUGUUUUUGUUACAGUUAUACAAGUGACUUUUUUUAUAAAAUUGAAAUUAACAUCAUCUAUUUUAUACAGUAUUUGACUAAUUAAUGCAUUAAAGCUUGUCUCUCUUUGUAAGAAUCUCCUAUUGAGUCGAGCAAUAAUAAUAAUUUUGUUAAUAUUUAA